AUGGAACCUCUUGAUGAGACAUCGUACUUAUUGCCUAGAGAAGCAACAGAGGACCACAAUGAAUUGGAAGAGGUGUACCACCGUCACAAUCUUUCAAUACCAAAGGGCCCUAUAUUAAUUUCCCUCUGGCUGGGAAGUUUCAUCAGCUCAUUAGAUGGUACAGUUGUUGCCAAUAUAAUGAAUAGGGUGGCAGAAGAGUUCUCUGAAUCCGAUAAGAAACAAUGGAUGGCAACCAGUUUCCUUCUGACAAACACAGCAUUUCAACCUCUCUAUGGUAAGCUAUCUGAUGUGACAGGGAGAAGAUUUGCUCUAUUAACAGCAUAUUUUUUCUUCAGCAUCGGAUGUGUUUUUACUUGUUUUGCGCAGAAUGUUACACAAUUUUCAAUUGCAAGAGCUAUUUGCGGUAUUGGUGGCGGUGGUAUGAAUGCAUGUAGUAGUAUCAUUGUCAGUGAUAUAUGCUCAGCGCAGGAACGUGGUAUUUAUCAAGGCUACGCAAACAUUGUCUUUGGUUUGGGACAAAUGUUAGGUGGUCCAUUAGGAGGAUUGUUUAUUGGCACAAUCGGAUGGAGAGCGAUAUUCGCUAUUCAAGUGCCAAUCAUCAUCCUAUGUACCAUUAUCGCUUUAUUUAAGCUCGACAUCAAGUUGGUUCACGUACCGGUUGGAUCUAAAAGAUUCAGUGCCGAAAAUUUGGCAAGAAUUGACAUUUUUGGCUCUCUAUCAUUGACGGCAACCAUCUGUGGAUUGAUUUUCCUUUGUUCUACUGAUCUGAACAAACUCAUUCUAACGGUGAUCACAUUGUUGAGUUUUUUUCUGUUUAUGUGGAUUGAACUGUACUACGCCAAGGAAAGAAUUUUACCAAUAGAGUUAUUGAAGGGCUCUUUUGGCCUCUGCUCCAUUGCGACACUUGCUUCCUCUUUUAUCAUCUUUGGGGACCUUUUCAGAUCUCCAAUAUAUUUACAAUUGAUCCAUAAUAUCGGCGUAACUAAGAGCGGUCUGUAUAUGGUUUUCCCAUCGAUUUCCGUCGCAGCUGGUUCAUUAGUUACGGGGGCAGUACUGAGGAGAACCAAGAUGAAUUUAGCGACCUGUUCGUAUCUCAUUGCCUCUGCAGGCAUUUGUUUGCAAUUAAUAGGGUUGGUGAUCAACUCAGUCCUGACAAGCAUCGUUACUCCUGACUCUACAAGUACAAAUAUUUCACCGUUUCUUGAUGAACUCGUCUCGUUUUCCUCCGACUCUGUCGUAUGGAAAAUUAUUUACAUCUGCGCAUCUGUGUUUGUUGGCUUUGGCUACGCGUGUCUACUGGUAGCAACAUUGGUGAGCAUUGUUUUCUCAGUUGAGAAAUCUCAGCAGGCCACCAUGACCGGUAUUUUCUACCUGUGGCGAUCCAUCGGUAAUGUUCUCGGUGCUUCGUUGACUCUAGUUGUAUUCGAAAACGCUUUGGGUAAAAUGUUGUGGGACUACAUGUUCAAUAAAUCCGACCACGGCGACUACACAUUCAAGGAAAAGGAGUACACAAAGCUACUAAAGGAUUCCAGCUAUCUCAGAGAUCACUUCUCCACCGCUGUGGUCGGCGGCCUACUAAAGGUUUACAAAUCAGCUCUCGUGAUGUCGUAUGCGCCUAACAUAGCUGUGGGAAUUAUCGGGGUGACAGCCGCGUUCAUCCUAAUCAGGGCUCACCGGGAAGCAAAGACACCUUAA